AUGGCUAACUCUCCUCGACAGCAAUUCCCCAGGCAGGAGGAUUGGCUGCUACCCCAGGACUGGGGCUGGGGCUGGGGAAGCCACUCGGACUCAACCUCCCCUGCCUCCUCUUCUGAUUCCUAUAGCUCAUCUCCAUCCUAUGGACACCCAAGCACUACAGAAAGCCUUCCCCAACCUCUGGCCUGCCACACUCAAGAGACCCCUACAUCUGUCCCUUUCCAAAGUAACAGGAAGGAACGAGGUGGUACAGCCAAUGGGCAGAGGCAGAGUGCCAGUGAGCGUGAGAAGCUGAGGAUGCGCAACCUCUCCCGGGCCUUGCAUGAUCUGCGGCGCUAUCUGCCACCCUCAGUGGCGCCUGUUGGACAGAGUCUGACUAAGAUUGAGACCCUGCGGCUGGCUAUCCGCUACAUUGGUCACCUGUCAGCUCUUCUGGGACUCAGUGAAGAGAGCCUAAGGUGCCGGAGGAGGGAAGGGGCAAUGCAGUGCUGCCCACUCUGUCCUGACAGGCUAGGCUGCUGUCCAAAUCGGACCCAGAGCCUCAGCCCAGUCUCCCAAGCUCCCAGGACCUACUCUCCCCAGCUUCCUGAAGCCUGGGGGUCCCCACUUUCCUGCCCGUUAGUUCUGCCCCAGCCCAAGCAGUGUGGGGAGCAGAAUCUCAAUGCCAUGUCUUGGGGUUCACCUUCUUGCUGCUUGGGAUCACCAACCAGACUAGACCUGCCUGGAGAAAGACAUCAAGCUGCAGAAUUUGGGAAUCCUUCCCCAGCCUGCCCUGGAACACAGACCCCACCCAAGUUAAGCUGGGAAAAAGCCACUGAACCUGCUUCCUGGGCAAUAUCUCCACACUCCUCUGAGUUGACUACUCUAUACCAGGUCAUCUCCACCUCUCCGGAACCCAGUUUGCCAGCUAUCACAGGACCUUUCCAGUCACAGCCCACACUCCAGAGAUGUCAGCCAGAGCUGCCAGUGCAGUGGGGUUGCUGGGGUUACAAUGGCCUGGCUUCCCCGCAGGAAACAGACCCUUCACUUGUGUUCAGAGAGGACAGGUUGCCUGAGUGCUGA